CCGCUACGAGCAGCACUAUCGGCUUGGGUUGUUGUUUCCUUUCCUAUCCGCCAUCUUCCAGACAGUCGCCAUUGAAAGGUGAAAUCUACGCUAAAUGUCGGUGAUAAUUUUAAGAUUUUGAGUGGUUUCUUUAAGAUUGAACCUGUUUUAAGUGUUGUGAAAUGAAAAUGAAGUGUUCAGGACUACCAUGACGCAUCAAAAUCACCAAACAAACGGUGCAAGUCUUGAGGAUUGCCACACAAACUUCUUCGCCUUGACGGAGCUUUAUGGCAUAAAAUGGCGUAAGCUUGUGUGGGGGGAGUCGAGCGGCGGCGGCGAGGGCGAGGACGGCACGGCGCUUGCCGACCCCGUGAUCAGCAGCUAUGCGCGCUGCCUCGCCGGCGAUAUCCUGUGCGUAUGGCGGCGCGUGCCGGCGCCCCAGCCGCCGGCCGACCUGUACGAGGUGCAGGCGCCCGCGCCGCCGCCCCCCCUCUCCUUGCGCGCCGCCAAGGAGCUCUGGAUCUUCUGGUACGGCGAGGAGCCCGACCUCAACGGCCUCGUCGCACCGGAGCUAAUUGCCAGCCAAGGAGAUCAAGGAUCUUGGGAGAGUGGUCUUUCCUACGAGUGCCGUUCCCUGCUCUUCAAGGCGCUUCACAACCUCAUCGAAAGAUGUCUUCUUUCGCGAGACUUCGUGAGGCUCGGAAAGUGGUUCGUUCAACCUUACGAUGGCGACGAAGAGGAUGUUGGCAAAAGCCCUUGGCACCUGUCGUUUUCGUUCGCGUUUUUCUUGCACGGCGAGAGUACGGUUUGCGCGUCCGUGGACGUACGCCAACACCCGCCCGUGCGUACGCUGACGCCGAAGCGGCUCGCGCGACUCAACGCCAACGAUCACCAACCCCAUGCGAAAGUGAUCCUGGCGCCGUUCGGUCUGGAGGGCACGGUGACGGGGCGCGAGUGGGGCGAGGCGGACGCGGCCACGGCCCGCCUGCUCGACGCCUGGCGACAGCUCUACCCUCUCGAGCAGGGCUGCGGCGCUGUCGAGGUGGUCUGUGGCGGAGCUCGCAUGCGGUACCCGCUGCCGUACGCGCUGGUGACGGAGAUGGAGGCGCGCGCGCCGCACCCGCCACCCGCCGCCGCGCUCGCGCGCCGCGCGCUGCACGCCCUCACCACGCCCGCGCCGCACCAGUCAUCCGAGGUGUGCUACAGUGAGUGUUCGAGCGAUAAGGGCGAAGACUUUCUCGACCCGACCCGAAAGACGCCUUGCACCUGCGCCAAAUGGCGGCGCCGCCGUACGGGCCGUGCCCCGCGCCCCGAGCCCUUCCACCGCCGCCCCGUGGUGCCGCCCCGCGCCCGAUCGCACAACCACGCGCACGCCGUUACGCGACCGCAAGCCCUGAGCGGCAACGGCAGCGGCUGCGGCGGCGGCUCGCCCGGCAGCUGCGGGGCGCCGUCCCCCGCCCACCACUCCGCGCCGCCCUCCGCCGGCGCGCCGCCCUCGCCCGCGGUGCAGCCCCCGCCGCCCGCCCUCAACCAGGGCGGCGGCUCCCUACCCACCACGCUGCACACGCCGGCGCCCACGCCUGACCCGCACGCGCCGCCCACGCCCGCGCCGCCCUCCGCGCCCUCCGCAGCGCCCAAGCACUAUCCGCAGGGCGAGUCGCCAUCAGCGGGCGCGGGGCCGGCGUCGCUGGGCGGGGCCGGGGGCGGUCCCGGGGGCGGCGCGGGCCCGGGUGGGGGCGGGGCGGGCGCCGAGUGCGGGGGUGGGGGCGGGGGCGCGGAGCUCACGCGGCGUCCCGUAUUGCCCGGGCCCGAACUCAAGCCCGACCCGCUAGAAGACGAGCACUCGCUGCACAUGCUGUACGACUACAGCACCGUGCUCGCAUGGCUCGAACAUCCUGUGAAGAGGUUUAAAACUGAAGAAAACACGUUUCGCGAAGAACUCGCUUUGGGAACGCCAUUGGGCGUCGACCUGUACGCCGGCCACGACCACACCAAGAUGGCUGUCAUGCUUGACCACCACCACCUUGACAUCAAGCAGGAGAAAGUAGAACAGGAGGACACGAAAGAGUACAAGAAUUUGUUUACAUCGGACGGGCUGUGCCCCACGCUAAAAGAUCUCGACCAAAUAUUCGACAACUCGGACGACGCCGCCAGCGGCGAUGAGACGCUGCAAGUGCAAACGCCGCCGGACUCGAACAAAUCAGCCGAAGAGUCGCGGUGCGGGGGCGGAGGGCGCUGCGUGCGCGCCGAGGAGCUCAGCAAAAUGUUUCCCACCCCGCCCUCCAUGGAGGCGCACGCGCAGCCCUCGCCCGGGUUCACGCUGCCCGACGACACGCCGCUGCCGCACCGCCUCGCUUCCGGCAGCCCCCCGCCCGACCCCAUCGAGGACUGGUCGUACGUGUUCAAGCCGCCCACCGUGUGCAAGUACGUGGGGUCGUCGAAGUACGCGCCGCUGCAGGCGCUGCCCAGCCAGCUGCUGCCGGCCGUGGCACUGCCGCCCCACGCCGUGUACCGGCCGCGCUGCCCGCCCGCGCCCCGUACGCCCACGCCCGCCCUCGCGCCCGCCCCAGGCAACGCGCCCGCCCUCGGCAGCGCUCAUGAUGCGCGACCAGGCGUGAAACGCAGCGCGUCGCCCGCGAGCGAUUCGCGCGACGCGAUCGCUCGAGCGCGACGGUCGUGCGACAACAACUCCGCGGCGCCGUCCAACUCGCCCGCGUGCGUGGCGCCGAGCCCCGCCGGCAGCAUACCCGGCGCGGGCGCGGUGACGCCGGCGGGGCCGGGCGCGGCGACGGUGCCGGGCGCGGGCGCCGGUGCGGCCAGUCCGCGCGCCGCCGCCGCCGCCUGCCCGCUGCUGCUCAACGUGCUGCUCACCGACACGGUGCUCAACGUGUUCCGCGACCACAACUUCGACAGUUGCACGCUGUGCGUCUGCAACGCGGGGCCAAGGGUGGUGGGCAAUAUCCGUGGCGCGGACGCGGCGACAUACCUGGCAGGCUGCUCGGGAAUCGGCGGCGGCGAGUGGGAGAAUGGUGCGGCGCCGCUGGACGAUGAGCCGUCCCGCUGCACGUGCGGCUUCAGUGCGGUUGUCAACCGCCGGCUAGCGCACCGCGCCGGCUUGUUCUACGAGGACGAGAUGGAGAUAACGGGCGUGGCGCCGGAGCCGGGAGGGGCGGGCGGUGCGGGGGGCGGGCGGCUCGCGGAUGUGGCGGGCGCGGUGGCGGCGGCGUGCGCGGGGUGGGCGGGCGGCAACACCUCCGCCCUGGCGCGCGCCGCCGCCCACGCCGCCGCCCAGCCGCCGCACGACCCGCUGCGGCUCAACCUGCUCGAAUACUCCGACGGCGGCACGGCGGCGGCGCGCGCGUUGCGUGCGGCGUGCGGCGGUGCGGCCGCGGCAGGCCCGUCGCCCGUGCAUCGAUGGCCUUUCAUUGGGGCAAGGGCACCUAGAUCCUCAAGGGAUGUCGUCAGAUUGAUGCGUCGCCUCCGGCCGCUGCUGCAAGACGCGAUCCAGAAGCGUUGUUGCGGCGCGCGCAUGUGGGACGGCGUGACUGGCCCGCUAACUUGGCGGCAGUUCCACCGGCUAGCCGGCCGCGGGAACGAAGACCUAUGCGAGCCCCAACCCGUGCCUCCCUUACUCGUCGGCCACGACCGAGACUGGCUAUCCUUAUCACCUUACGCGCUAAGACACUGGGAGAGACUCGCGCUCGAACCGUACUCCUACUCGCGCGACGUCACCUACGUAGUCCUCGCGGCGGACGGCGAAUCGUUAACGGAGCCGUUGCGCGCGUUCUUCCGCGAAUUGUCAGCAGUGUACGAAUCGUGUAGACUCGGGAGGCAUCGGCCGUUAGCGCGCGACGGCUUGUACCGCGCGGCGCCCGGCCGGCCGCCGGACGCGGGCGACGAAUGGGCGGGUGCGGGCGAACUGCCAGCGGGCCGGUUACGAGACUACCUACGUGCCUACGCUGAUGCGUUGCGAUCGUCCGUUCUGCCCGCGUUGGUGGAUCGACCUCCUCCGGACCAGACGCCUACUCGCCCGCCUGCUUCGGCUCCGUCCCCGGCUCCUUCGACUCCUAACAGUACACCCACCGCGACGCCGAGCGACGACCAGGGCAGUGAAGCCCCGCCGGCCGCUUGGGAGGAGGAGGAGGGCGGAGCGCCCGCGCUGGUGGUGUACCUAGUGGAGCCCCCGGGCGCGGCACGGAGGCCCGCGGCCUUGCGAGCGUUGCUGCGGUUAGCGGCGAGAGUGCAUCACCAUCUGGGACACCACAACCCGUUCGUUAAGAUAAUAUCGUUGGAAGGCGUUUGCGAAACCUGGGGCCUUGGCGCGAACGACCCGCCGACCGGCAGCGGGGGAGGCGGCGGCGGCGGUGCGGAUCUACGAGCGCUAGCGUUUAGCGUAUUCUGUGGCGCGCGACGUCUGCUAGCCCAUUCUGCCAACGGGAAAUCGCUCACCGGCUUCGGAACCGCUGCUGACGCCAACCUCUUCCUCUCCAAUAAAGACGAAACAAACCGCGCGCCAUACAAGCUGUUCUCGCCACCGUGGGUACUAGCGCCGCCUCGUGCGCUCAAGGAAGUCGCUGAGACGUGGGGUCAGGCAUGCGGCGAGCAGGGCGCCGUGCUGUUCCUGGCCUACUGCCUCUCGCACGACCAGCGCUGGCUCCUGGCAGCCGCCACCGACGCGCGCGGCGAGCUGCUGGACACCGCCGCCAUCAACGUGCACGUGCCGCCCAGGUCGCGGAGACGACGCGUGGGUCCAGCGCGGAGGCUGGGGUUGAAGAAGCUAAUGGACUUCACGCUGGGUGUGAUGAGCCAGGCGGCGCAGCCCUGGCGGCUUGUCGUCGGACGGGUCGGACGGAUCGGGCACGGCGAACUGAAAGGUUGGAGCUGGCUACUGUCGCGCAAGAACCUGGUGAAGGCAUCGUCGACGCUGCGCGAGAUCUGCAGCAGCUGCGGCGUGCUGUGGCCGGGCGGCGUGCCCAGCAUCGUGUCGGCGUGCCUCGUGUCCACAGAGCCGGACUCGUGCCUUCGCCUCAUGGCGGACCGGUUCACGCCCGACGAGCGCUUCUCGCAGGCCUCCAUCCAGUCGCAUCUGCACACGCCGCGCGACGUGUCCGCCACGCAUAUCCUCGUGUUCCCCACCUCGGCCACCACGCAGUCGAACCCGAUGCCGUUCGAGCAGCCGAUGGCGAACGGUGUCGACAGCGACAUGAUGUUCGACGUGGACAUGGGCGACGAGGACAUGGGCGAGGACAACAUAUCGGAUCUGCUCAUCGACGACAUGUUCAUGUGGCCCCAGGGGUCCCCGCGCAACUCCCCGCGCCGCCUCGACCCCGAGCAUGACCAACCCGGCUCGCCCGCGGCCCCGACCCAUCACCACUACCUGCACCAGGACGACCCCAACGCGGAGCAAGUGGGCACGGUGCUGCAGCAGCCCCUAGCGCUCGGCUACCUGGUGUCGACGGCGCCGCUGGGCGGCAUGCCGGGCUGGUGGUGGGCGGGAUGCCAUCACCUGCGCGACGCCUGCCCCGCCUUCCUCAAGAACGCGCUGCACCUGCACGCCGGACACCUGCAGACCGACGACAUGUACUGCGCGCGAGACCACAACACUCACCCGCUGGACUCGCAGCUCACCACCGACGUGCUCAGAUACGUAUUGGAGGGCUACAACGCGCUGUCUUGGUUGGCUUUGGACGGGGAAUCCCACGACCGCCGCUCGUGUCUGCCGAUCCACGUGCAAAUUUUGAUGCAGCUAUAUCACACCGCCGCCGCGCUCGCGUAACGACACCAAACUCUAUCAUCACCAUAAACAAACAGCUGGAGCGAUAAACGACCACAGACUUCUGAAUCCAGAAUAUACGGGAAAAGGUUAUAUUGUGCAACGGUUAAUGUGCCAACAUCAGGGCAAAUGUCCAUGCGUUCAGCAGACGUGAAUUCCUCAAGGACGCGUUACAAAUACGUGAUUCUGAAUUAGUAACAAGAGCCGCUGAAAACUCGUUCGGCCAAUAUCGUGAUUGUAAUAAUAUCGAUUAAGAUGUCUGUUAACAGCAAGCUAUGAUUAUAUGGAUAUUAAUAUCUACUCGAUGUGUGGAGAUGUCCAGCUCGAAGGACCAAACCUAGCAAUCAUUCUGAUUGAUCAACUGAUUGCAUAAAACAUUUUGGGGCAUGUGAGAUCGUCCGGUUGGUUUGCUCAUUAGAAGCGAUCACUUUUCACCACGAGUGACGCCGCGGUACCUGAUGCAGCUGCAGAAGCUGUGGCUCAACGAACAAGAGGCGAAUCAAACGAAGUCGUUCGACAACAUCGUCGUCGCCGUCGUUAGACCCAGUUGUGUAGACACGCCUCUAAGGUUUUACUGAAAUUAACAUUAUUUAUUGUACUCUAUUUAUUUGUUUGGAGCCGGCACCGGCAGGGAACGGAGGCGUUCGCGUAGGACGGUACUUAGGUAAAUAAUUGUAAGUGAAUUUGAAAGCGGCAAUACUCGCCACUGAGUAUUGGCGAGGAAUCCAAAGACGACCGCUGUCGGAUACGGUCUUGACGCAGUUUGUGUACGCGUGAAGUGCAUCCGUGCACUACGAGUUGCGAGCGAAACAUUCAUAAAGAUAUUUAUUUUCAGUUAUGUUAUUUAAUGUAGUGUGUACUUAUCUAUUUCGAGAAAUAAUUCAGCUGAAGUGUUUCGACUCAACUCGUGGUGUACGGACACUGAUUGACUUUGUUACCACGCACAAACCUAUCGAGCGUUAGAAGUCUAAAAGAAAAAUUAUAAGCUACUUAAGCCGGGAUAUUAGUUUGUUAUAUGACUAUGUAACAUUCGGUGGUCCAAUUUUGGCGUAUGGAUGAGUUCCGAUAUGUAAUUUAUUUAUGUUAUAAAUCUGAGAUUAAUUCUCGUCGAGGGCAUUUCAUAUCCAUUAUUAUGACAAUGUUUCCUUUGCGACAAAGGAACCACUUCCACUGCAGUCUUUCUCAACAACCAUACUUCCUGAUCUCUCUCCCGCUAAGAAAUCACCGUAAACCUCAUUUUGUAUAGAAUUAUUAGCAUCCAUUCCUAUAGUUAUUUACAGAUACUGCGUACAAUACUUUUAUCCAUUGCAAGUUAAAUAUAAAGCCUGAAAUAUAAAAAAAAGAAAUGUUGAACUGAUAAAUUGUUCACUCAUUUUAACAUAAGAUUAGUGUUAUUAUAAACAUUAAGAUUACGAUUAAAGACUUAUUUUCCCACACGAUUGUAUGUUUUAAUAUGGAGCAAUCGAUUCCUAAUCGCUUCAGAAGUUUUGCGUCUUAUUACGAGACAGGCGAUAAUUCGCUAUAUUCGACUUGCACUGGUUGCCAUAUUUUAGGAAAUAUUUUCACUUGUUUUUGUCUUCACGUUAGAAAAAUAUUGUCGAGUGUAUCACCUACAUGCAUCCUAAUCUCACAUGAAAACAUUGUCACAAGUUAUCAACUGCAGUUGUAAUAAUAUUAUUGUGUUGUUGUGCCGUAUGUGUAAUGUAAUAUAUAAUUUUUAUUUUACGUUAUUGUGUUAAACCGGUAUGAAUUACCAAAGGAGUUAGCUAUGUGUAAUGUUUUUAGAUAUUUUAACACCAUUAUUUCUAUAGGACACGUCUCAUUUCACAGGGUUCUCGUUUCAUCUCGGUAUUGUUUUAUUUAAUGGUUGUCUACAUCAAUGUUUGUUUAAUUUAUCGAAAGCGAUUAUUUUUUAUAAGCCUUUUUUACUUUUAAAUACAAUCCAAUUUAUAUCGUGACUUUUUUAUCGAACUCGAUUUGUAUAUUCGAAUCAUGUAGUUUUACAAAUUAGGGGAAAAUAUAUUAGGCGAAUUGACCGUUUGACUUAGCGACGGGGUAUAUACUCAUGUACAGUUUUAUACGAGGGAACAAUGAGCUCAAGCACGCACCGUGCGGGCCCACGGUGCACCGGCGCGCGUGUGCCCACCAAGUGCAAACUUUUAUUAUGUAAGUUAAGUCUACCACCGGCCGCCUGUGCACUGUGGGGAACGCGUUAUCUUCUAAAAUAAAUAAAUACUAGAUUAUCAUCUUAUUAUGAUGACAAACAAACCGCCGAUUGGAAACUAAUAAUUAACACCAAUAGCUUACGUUACGUUUAGAGACCCCUAGAUCAUGUUUGAAAGUAGCAUUUGUAAAAUUAGACAUCGUCGUUUUAUAUAUAUAUAUAUACAAAUAUAUAUAUGGAGUCCAAAAGAAUCAACUUUAGCGUUGUUUCGACGAAUCUCCGACAGUUUUGUAGUUAUGAGAAUUUUUUUAUUUUAAUAUAUAACUAAAGCAUAAGUGUAGGGAAGUGAAACCGUGAGGGAUAACCAUGUAAAUAAAUCCAACAGAGCGUGAAUCGUGUGGUUGCGCAUUCAUUAUUAUCAUUGUGGUUUUUUAUCGUUUUGUCUCGCAUCUGUAGUCUGCGACAGGAUAGUACUACACAGAUCAGAUACACAGUCAGCUUAUCGAAUUGAACAAACUGUUUAAAAUCAACAUUGGUUAACUGAUUGUAGAGUCACAGUUUUUGUUGUUUAGUGUCUAAUUAUUAUUAGGGGCGCGCGGUGGGCGGUCGCAUCGAUCGGAGCGCGCGCCGCGGACUUGGUAAAUUAUUUACUCUUAUCAGCGGCUCGAUCGCAGCUUAACUGAAUUAUGCCUAGUUGAAUAUGAAAUGUUUUAAAUGUGUUACAGCAUUUGAGAAUAUUUAAUGAUGUUGUAUAUAGUUUAUAUUUUGUUUUGUAAAACGACUUUUUGUACAUAGAGAUGAAGUAAUUAUUUGCCCACAUUGCCGAUGUAUAACGGAGCACGUUUUAAAGAAACCACUCGUAAUAUUUUGUACAGUUGUUAAGUGAGAUUGGUAGUUGAAUGAAUUAUUUUUAGGGUUUCGUUUUUGACCUCUUUUUGUUAUUGUGAAUUUGUCAAUUUUUUUAGGGAAUUGGGAUCGUACUGUAAAUAGACCUCACCAUUUUGUCAUAUAUUAGUUUUUAAGUGGUCAAAUCUGAUGAUUGAAGUGGAAAUCAAAUUUUCUAAAUGGAGCAAUCAUUAGAAAUUCAUAAAACAAAAUAGUGUAAUACUUGAUAUUAAUAUAACUUUAUAAAUAACUGUGAAAAUAGGUAAUAAUAAUUAUGAAUAAAAUAUUACAU